AUGAAUUCCAAAAUGAAACAGAAACUGAAUGCAGAAAAAUCAUCAGGAUCUUUGCAGAAGUACCUCACAGACACCACAUGCAGUGCUGCCCCAAGACGGACUCUUAAAAUGAUUCAGCCUUCAGCAACAGGUUGCCUGGUUGGCAGACGUAAUGAGAAGAAAUCUUCAGUCAAAAGGAAACUCUGGAAUAACAAGUUCACCUCAAAGGCUUGUAAAGCUGAGGUGUCUGUGGAUAAGGAGCAGGAAAAUGAGAAUAUGAAUGAUGUCAUUCAAGCUGUAGAUCUCAUGACAAAAGGAAGUCCUUCAUCUCAGUAUUGGAAAGAAGUGGCUGAAGAAAGGAGGAAGGCUCUUUAUGAAGUGCUUCAAGAAAAUGAAAAGUUGCACAAAGAAAUUGAACAGAAAGAUGGUGAAAUUGCCUGCCUAAAAGAAGAAAACGAAGAGCUAAUGUCCCUUGCUGAACAUGUGCAUUAUAUGACCAGCAUAAUUGAGAGGCUAACUGGGCAAGCACCUGACAAUUUUGAGACACUGAAGAGCCUGGCUCUAGAGGAAUCCAAAGAAGAAAAUGAAGAGCUUAACUGUGGAGAUGAUGCAGACAGCGCUUCUGAAGAAGGGCCAUCACAAGUAUCGUGUGGCUUAAGGGAGAGUGUAUCAGAUCUUGCUUCAAAGGAAGCAAAUAAUUUGCAACUAGAAUGA